AUGUUCUUCAUCAUUUAUUUAAUUAUUUUAGUUAAAUUAAUUAAUGGUGAAAUCUCUAUUCGUCCACCAGGAAUUGGAAAGAAUAAUUCGAUAUAUAUUUUAAGUUUAAAUUCUCCUUUACAGUUAGAUUGUGAAGUUGAAUAUGGAGAUUUUGAUGAUAUAGAGGAUAUUAAUGCUUUGGAGUGGGUGAGGGGGAAAAUGAAAAUUGGAAAUAAUUGGUUGAGUAUAUAUACACAACCAAAAAUUGAUGAAAAACGUCGCUGGCUUCGUCAAUCACUUUAUAUACCAAAAAUAACUGAACAAAAUUCUGGAGAAUAUAAAUGUUUAUUUUUUGAUGAUUUACAAAAAACAAUUAAUUUAUUUAUUUUAAAAAAUUUGGAAUGGAAAACAAAAACAAACAAAAUAGGUGCACAAAUAGGGCAACCAUUAACAAUAAAUUGUGGGGCAGAAAAUAUUCCAGAUGAGGCAAUUCAAAUACUCGAUUCGAAAGGAAGGGCUAUUGAAGAAGUUUUGGAUGAAGUUGUGGUUACUGGGGCUGAAAUUACUUUAACUAAAAUUGGAAAAGAACAUAAAGGAUUAAAAAUUCGUUGUGUUGCUGUUCGCCCAAUAAAUUUAAAAAAUUUGGGAUUGAGUGAAGAUUUGGAUAUAAAUUCUGUUGAUUCUGUACAUACAGAUGAAUUAGAUUUAAUUAUUGAUGUUUGGAUUCCCCCAAAAUUUGACGAUCAUUUUUCUUCUUCCAAUCACCGUCAUUAUGCAAUCCCCGGCUCUAAACAAUUACUUCGUUGGACUAUUACAGAAUCUAACCCUCCAGUUAAAAUUUGGACUUUAAAUAAAGAUGGAGAAAUUUUAAUUGAAAAAGAAAAAAUUAAAAUAAUCCAAAAUUUAAAUGAAACAACAAAACCUUUUUUUGCUAUUUUGAUAGAAAAUGUACAGGAUGAAGAUUAUGGUCGUUAUACAUUAACUGCACAUAAUGGAAUAUUAGAAUCCCAACAAACACAAACACUCGUUAUUACACAGCCUCCUUCACAACCAAAAGUUUUUGUUGAUUGGGUAAGUAGUAAUGGUUCUGUUAGUUGGAGAAUAGAAGAACAAAAACAAAAUAAAAACCAAUUAAAUGUUGCUUAUUUUUGGAUUGUUUAUAAACAAAUUAGUAAAAGAUUACAACAACAACAACAAAUUAAUUAUUUUAAAAAUAAUUCAUUAAAAAUAAAUAACAAAAUAGAAGAAACUACUACUUUGUCUAAUUUAUUAUCAAAUACAACAAUUUCAAUUCAAACGUAUCGAGUUAGAAGGAGAAAAAAUUUAAAUAAUUUAUACGAAAUUGCUGGUUUAGAGCCUUUUACAGAAUAUGAAUUUAUUUUUGUUGCUGGAAAUCAAGCAGGUGAAAGUGAUCCACUUUCUUUUAAUUUAGAAAUAAUUGAAAGAAAUAAAAGAAACGAUAAAAAUAAUAACGAAGAGGAAUAUUUUGGAAUUAAUUAUUCUACUAAAAAUUAUUUUAAUUAUUUUUUAUUUUUAAUUACUUUUAUUUAUUUUAAUUUAUUUAAUUAA